AUGUCCGACAGCAACAGGAAUGGCUCCGUCCAGCAGCAAACAGAACGGCCAGCAGAGCAGUCAAGUAGCUUGUUCCUGAUUACGUCAGACGGCCGCACGCUCAGCCUUCCGAUAGCAAGCCCGUCGCCCAGAGACCCGCUCAACUGGUCGCUCCGAUGCCGUUUCAUGAUCUUCUUUUCCCUGGCCAUCAUGGGCGGGAUAGCAGUCACGAUGCUGAACGCUCCGUCCCUGUUGAGAACGGCAAUGGGGCGGGAAUUCGGCGAGAGAAGGAUGGAGCAGUUCGACGCUGCCACGGCGCUUCCCGACGUCAUGUACGGAGUCGGCGUCAUCGUCUGGGCACCUCUCUGCGUCGGGAUGGGGAGGCGUCCAGUGCUCGUCUUUAAUGCCGUGAUCUUGCUCCUCGGACUUAUUUUGGCUUGGAAAGCGACCGUGGUUCCAAUGUUGAUGGCCGGCAUUGCGCUGCAGGGGCUCGCUGCCGGGGCCAUCCCGACUGCUGGUCUGCUCAUGGCUAUCGAUGUAACCUAUAUCCACCAGAGGCCCUUCUCCAUCGCGCUCCUGUGGACGGUCGGCCGCGGCACGACGUUUCUGGUACUGGCCUGCGCCCCUCAGGUCUUGGAUCUGGAGCGCCAGUGGCGGGCGUUCUACUUCAUCGCAAUGUGCUGGGCCAUCGCGGCUCUGCUCCUGGUCUACUUUCUGUGCCCCGAGACCUACUUCUUCCGGCCGCCCGUGGCGUUUGACGGGAGGAUCCUGGUGCAGACCGGGCACGAGAGGGUCAGGAUCUACGACGACUGGUCGCAGGUCCCAGGCGCCGGCGCCCACGAGAGCAGGCCCCUGCCGCCGCUGCCCAUGGCGCUCCAGCCGCUCGAGCUGCCGCCACUGCCCCUCAUGGACAUGAGUCCGAGCAGGCCCCCCGGCACGGCAGAGGACAAAUCGAAAGGCCUGACCACGUCCACCACGGUAGUCCGGUCCUACGAGCCCAGCCUCUUCUCGUACCCGACCGUCAGCACCAGCGCCAGCAGCCGGCGCGCGGAAAAGUUCCGCGGCAGGUUCAGGCGCAUCCCGGGCCUGCCGAGAGUGAAGCGGGCGCAGCGGGCGUCGUGGCGCGGGGCCGUGGCCGUGCCGAUCCAGAUGGUGCUCUGCCUCGUCAACCCGCUCGUGUUCUGGGUCAUCAUGCACAAGACGGCCAGCUUCCUGGGAACCAUUGUGAUCCGGCAGGCGCUGCCCAAGGUCCUGCACUCGGCGCCGUACAGCAUGUCGCCCGCGACGGCCGGCUACGUCGACUUUGCCGCCGCGCUGGGCUGCUUCCUGUCCAUGCCGCUGACCUACAUCACGACGAACCGCAUGGUGCACCGCCUGACGUGGCGCAACAAGGGCGUGCGGCGCGCCGCCUACUACCUCCCGGGCUUCGUGCUGCCCGUCACGGCCGGCUUCCUGGCGAACCUGCUGUUCGGCCUGUCGGCGGCCCCGCCCGGUUCGCCCGACUACGUGGGCACCUUCCAUCACUGGACCGUCGUGUCGACCGCCUGGAUGCUGACCCAGGUCGCCUUCACGGGCGAGUCCAUCGUGUCGACGCUGUGGGUGACCGAAGCGUUCCCUCAGUGGGCGGCGGGCGCCCUGGCCGCCAUCUCGGGGCUCAAUUUCAUGUUCGCCGUCGGCAUCAACACCGCCGUGCCCAGGUGGCUGGAGAGUCAGGGCCAGCUCAUGAUGAACCUCGAGAUCGCCGUCGCCAUCCUCGUGGCCGGCGGCAUGGGCAUCCCCUUUGCCUUUUGGGGCAAGGGUGUGCAGCAGUACCUCCCCGGGAGGCACGCCGCCUUCAUGGGGGGUGCGCUGCGGCCUCAAUAA